CGAUUUCCAAUCGAUAGCUGCGAGUUAUUGGGCCACGGGAUAAUGACGUCAAACCUUGCCCCACCAAGGAGAGCAGCUACACUUACCCAACUAGAAUUUCUGUAGUGCGUCAUCGGGAUUCAUGUUUUGAAAUUUGGUACGGUAUUGGAAGGUCCAGAAUACUUAACUAGACAUGUUCAAAUUAGUCCCGGAACAUGCUACAUCAUCCGACAUUUAGGGGAAAGGUUACUUAAGAGAUUCAAACGUGCACUGGAUGCGUAACUUGUGAGGCCUUUUCGCUCGUAAACAUGUACACAAUCUGGUUCGUGGGUCAUCGAUCUACAACGUGGUCAUACUUGGUUGUCCUUUUAGUGUUUUGCUCCAUUCUACAGCGAGCAACAGCUCAGUUGCAUCUGUUUAUUACAAAGGAGGAUGCCAACACACAUCUAAAGAUGAACUUCCAGGGAAGAUUGUACCUCAUUCGCGAUGGAGAACCAAACACUAUGGUGCAGAAUCCUGGUGCAUUUUAUCGUUUUAUGUCACCGUUAGAUUCAUCGGUUUCAACGAUUCAGCUAAGCUGGUUUUCAUCUCCGCAGGUCUCACACUAUAGCAUGAACUUCAAAUCAAGUGAUCAUAGUAUCAUGCCUGAUCCUCAUGCAGCCACUCCUUUGGAAGGAAUUGUUCCACAAUCUCAAAAAGCCUUUCAGGUUUCCUUCUACUGUCCUGGUACUACUGAGGGAGAAGUUGAUAUGACAUUUUCCUUGAACUACACCAGAAUUGUUUCAGGCUCAGUGGAUACGGAAGAGAUCAAAAGUUUUAUGCUCACAGUGAGAAGACAAUGUGAAAAAACAGGUGGAAAUGACAAUUUCAUCGAACAAGUUACAUCUUCGCCAUGGUCACGCAGUAAAGUUGUGGGAAUCUGUGCAGGCUUGACGACUGUUAUUAUAUCUGUUGUUGGGCUGGUGUUACUGUUUCGUUAUUGUAUGAGACAGAGGAAGUUGAAGAUAGAGUUUGAAGAUGAUGUGGAAAUGUAUCGCAGCAGCAGCAGUUCAUCCAAGAUUUACAAAAAAGAAGAGCAACAAGAAGAAGAAGUUGAUGAAACAGUGGAUUCUUCAAAGCCAGGACUGUUUUACAGCCCACCAAGGCCUAAUUAUCAACCUCCAGGAGGAGGAGGAGGAGGAGGAGGAGGAGGAGGAGGAGGAGGAGGAGGAGGAGGGCGUGGCCGCGCUAACACAAGUGGCAGUGACUCCUCAACAACUGAUCUGAUUAUUCCCGAGGAAAGUAGUGAUAUGUGUAUUCAAAAGCAAUCAGAGGGAAAGUACAGCAGUAGAGAUGGCAGACACGGAGUAAGACAUAAACAUCGACGACAUGAACGACAGUGGAAACAUGGAAGCUUGUCUAAUACAAAAUACACUUGGAUACAAGAGAGACCUUUGUCAUCUUAUCAUGAAACAGAAUCUUUGUUGGAGAGAAGAAAUACUCCUGAUGAAGCUCAGAAUACUGGAGGACUUUUUACAGUAUUAAAUGAAUUUUGGGCAACAGAACUUGCAGAUGUUUUAAUACCAAGAGACCAAGUGUCAGUUGGAGAUCCUUUGUAUAGAGGAACAUUUGGAUGUUUGUACAAAGGUUCUGUUCGAGGACUAAGUGAAGAGCAACCUCGCAAGAAAAUGGAAGUGUCCAUCAAAGCACUUCAAGAUGAAGCAGACAUGGACACCAUCACUUCUUUUAUGCAGGAAGCAAUGGUCAUAAAAGGCUUCAAGCAUCCAAAUGUUGUGGAACUGGUGGGUGUGGUGCUUCAACGUUCAACGCCACCUUACAUCGUAACUCCCCUAACACGAAAUGGAGACCUAGGACACUUUUUGAAGAUUUCAAGAGCAACAUCUGCAAGAGUACAGACAAUUACCUCGCGCCAGCUUAUUGAGUUUGGAAUUGAGAUCUGCAAAGGAAUGGAUUAUAUCACUCAGAAAAAGAUUGUUCACAGAAAUCUUGCAGCAAAGAACUGCAUUGUCAAUGAUGAUUUGAGUAUCAAGAUCACUGACUUCAGUUUGGCCAGAGAUGUGAACACAACAAACUUGAAUGACAAGGGAAUACGGUCCAGAUUACUUGUCAAAUGGACAGCACUUGAGGGUUUAGCAGAGGAGGGUCAAUUUUCAGAAAAAAGUGAUGUGUGGUCAUUUGGAGUUGUUUUAUGGGAGAUUGUAACUCUUGCUAAGGCACCGUAUCAAGCUAUUGACAGUUCAAAAAUGGAGCAGCAUCUGCAAGCUGGACAUAGAUUACCACAACCUAAUAACUGUCCGUAUGACUUAUAUUUCUUAAUGAAAAACUGCUGGGAAUCCAGUCCAAAAGCAAGACCAACAUUUAGUCUGUUAUUAAAGCAACUGGAACACUACUCCACAAGGCUGGUGCAAAAUGGACUCAAGUUUGAAUAUCUACCAGAGUCUGACUGUUGAUGAAGGGAAAUUUGUUGCUUUUCUGGGCUUAUUAUUACCACUUAAAUAUAUAAUUUUUGUACUUGUGGCUGUAUCAUAGGAAAAAAAUAAUUUUUGUACAUUGUAUACUUUAGGUUUAUCAAAUUAUAGCCAUUUAAAAUUCAAGUAGCCUUAUUUCAGGUAUGUUUGAAGCGUGGCAGUUAAAAGAUUCUUUGGUUGUUACAUUAAAGGUGGCUGUUUGGGUGGGUCAGUUUUUUAAAAAUAUUAAGCUACUAUUUAAUGAAAUUGAAGGCGAACUUUUGCUUUUGAAAACACAGACAUGUGGGAAGACUUCUGUUUUACAACAUUGUAGGUUAUGGGUCAGUAUUUUUGUAGGAUUUUUUCAGUGUUGCUUGUAGCACUUUUCUUUUCCAAUGUUGUGUUUCACAUGUCAAUUGUUAAGUCAUAUGGUAAAAUGAAAAUUCAUAUUUCAUUGGGAAGUUUUGUUUCUGAAGGAAGCCCCUGUGCACAGGAGCGUAAUCUUCUGGAGAUAGAUCACAAUUUUUUAUUGUGAAGCUGUUCUUCAAAUUAACAUGCUGUAUUUUUCAUAGUGAUUUACCAUUGUUUUGCUGCUAUAAAAUUCUAUGCCUUUUUUUUUCUCUUGUGCUGUCUAGUAACAUUGUUAAGUUUCCCCAGUUACAUUUUACUGUUGCAGUAUAACUGUGAUUGGUAGCAUUCGUUGUUUGGUUUCAAAGUUCACAUGGAAGUCAUUUUGUAAAUACAGUAUCCAUUGUUCCAUUUCCAAUUUUUCAGGGACAUGUUUUAUAUUCUAGUUAUGCUUUGUUCAUCUUGUUUGUUGAAAAUCAACAUUUGAGUAGUUAUCAUAAAGUUUUACCCCUUA